CGAACAGUAGCCUCAGGUGGACUCUCUCCCUCUGGAAAAGUCAAGUCGCCCUCGCAGUUGAACUUGCUCUCUCUCUCUCUCUCUCCGUUGAAUUCUCUGGCUUCCCUAGGGAUCAAGUGAAAGAGGGAGGGAAGCGAGGAAUGGCCCCGCGCUCAGAUGCUGGAGGUACGAAUUUCUCUUCAAUUAUGGUUGCUUUCUGGAAUUCCCGAGUGGCUUACUUCAUCGCUUGACUGUGACAUGCAAGGGAAUUGCAAGAUGUGUUCCUCUCUGUAUCGACAAAACAUAUUGAGGAAUGGCGAAUCAAUUUAAUCUGAUCGUUGGUCUCUGUGUUGGUCUGGCCAUUGGACUUUUAGCUGCAAUUUGUGCAUUCAUCAUUAUAAGGCUGUAUAGAAAACGUUCUCAGCUUGGACAUCAGACCAGUGAAAGUGGGGCUUCUCUUCCUGUUCAUGCUAAUGGAAUUGAUUCAAGUCUAGUAUCCUCAAUUGCUGAGUCUUCUUUUGAAUUACCGAGUAAAGCAAUGCACAGCCACUGGCCUUGGCAAGGAAACCAUGAUAAAAAGCUGCUAUUUUCAGGCUCUGGCAUACCAAGUUACCCUUACAAGGAUAUACAGAAGGCAACACAGAAUUUCACAACCAUUCUUGGGCAGGGUUCUUUUGGCCCAGUGUAUAAAGCUGUUAUGUCUACAGGUCAAGUGGUUGCUGUAAAGGUGCUGGCUUCAAACUCAAGGCAAGGCGAGAAGGAAUUCCAUACAGAGGUUGUUUUGCUAAGUAGGCUACAUCACAGGAACCUUGUCAAUUUGGUUGGCUAUUGCGUCGAAAAGGGUCAACACAUGUUGAUUUAUGAGUUUAUGUCCAAUGGGAGCCUGGCAAGCUGCCUAUAUGAUGAAGGUCCAUGCAAUUUGGGCUGGGAUGACAGGCUUCAGAUAGCUCUGGAUGUUUCUCAUGGAAUUGAGUAUCUUCAUGAAGGGGCUGUACCUCCUGUCGUUCACCGAGAUUUGAAGUCUGCUAACAUACUCUUGGAUCAGUCUAUGAGAGCAAAGGUGGCUGAUUUUGGAUUGUCGAAAGAAGAGGCUUUUAAUCCUCGUCUCUCUGGAUUGAAGGGAACGUAUGGUUAUAUGGACCCAGAAUACAUGUCAACAAACAAGUUUACAAAGAAAAGCGACAUAUACAGUUUUGGUGUUAUUCUUUUUGAGCUUAUUACAGCAAUUAACCCACAGCAAGGUCUGAUGGACUACAUUAAUCUCGCAGCGAUGACUGAUGAUGGAAAUGCAGGAUGGGAUGAGAUACUUGAUAAGCAGUUGGUUGGAAAAUGUGAUCUUAACGAGGUCAGGAUUCUUGCCAGUAUUGCACAGAAAUGCAUACAUAAAUCACCGAGAAAGCGCCCUUCUAUUGUUGAUAUUUCACGAGUUCUGUCAAUGCUAAAACAAAGGCACCUUUCUAAGAAUGAAUCCAUUUCCCUUGCACGUGGUGACUUUUCUCAUGUUAUAAAAAGAAUCGAGAGUCAGCAGAUUCAGUUGAGCAAUCUCACCAGUGGGAAAGAAAAAGUGCGAGACAGUAACAACACGUAGUCUUCUUUUAUACUUCACCAGCAAUUCUUUCCUCAGAAACCGAGGCCAAUUGAGCGGGAUCAGGAACAAGAGACAAAUGCAAGGUCGAUAGCUUGUCUUUUCGAGAUGAGUGUAAGUUCAACUGAAUUGAGUUUCCUCAAUGUUAUUUAGUACUCUUUCCCUUUUUUUAUUGCCCAUUUUUGGUUUUCGUUCUUGGUGACUAUCAAGCUGGGGAAGAUCUGUUGGGUCUGAACUUGUAAUGAUAGCCAUACCGAUGCAGCUGUGGCAAUGAACACAAGAAAGUUUCGAGGUCUUGAUUCCCACUUGGAAAGAUUUGGGGCACCUUCUGAGCACGUACCAUUUUUCAGGUCAUCUAGGUCAUUUUUCAUUCAAACUAAACUUUGAACAUACACCAGAUGUCAUAACAUAUGGUUACUCAAUGCCUCUUUCGCCCUUUUCUUUACUUCCCAAGAACAGAAUAUGGAAGCUGUCCUCAUGUUUUUUUGCGUUUCAUGUAGAUAUGGUCAUCUCUGUUAUAUCCAAUGUAAGUAUUAUGUGUAAAGAAUUCUUGAUAAUUGAAUAUCCGUUAUUUCUUUUUUGUCA